GGAGUUUCAAUAUUCCCAGCCGGCAGCAUGCAGAGCGACGCAAGCCCUGACCGUCGCAUCUCGUUCGACGACGACGACGCUGGCACGUACUCGGUGCUCAUGAGCCCAGCGGCAGGCGCGCUGCCACCCAAGCUACCGCUCUCGCGCGUCCGGCCGCCAACGCGCCAUGCGCCACCGUCGCCACUCGACACACGCUCCAUGUGCUCUGCCCACCAACGUCCCCACUCGGCGGUGUCGAGCACGACGAGCAAGGCGCCAGUGCUCACGGAGCUCAACGACAGCAUCGUAUUUGCCCUGCGGCCUGCAACACCCGACGCCAAGAAGACGAGCGGCAGGACGACCAAGGUCGCCGACUUGAGCGUCCCGAGCGUCUCGAUUCCAGAGAACCAGCGGUACACGUUUGCAAUCAUUCUGCGCAACACGUACCAAGUCAAGCAGCUCCUCAAAGAGCGGUUUCCGCGGCGCGUGGACAAGCCGCUGCGGCGCCACUACGCAGACCAGGUCGGCGCAAUGCAGAUCAAGUGCAUUCGGCGGCUCGUGCAGUCGGGGCUCGGCGUCAUCCUCCUCGACAACGACAACAGCAUCCCGCACCAUGCGCAAAAGUGGAACGAGACCAACAACAUUUGCGUGCUCAUCGACCCGUACAAGGACAAGGAACUGCUGUUGCAAGAGUUUCGGCGGGAGAAAGACGAGCUCGCGAUCAAGCGCGGCCAGGCGACGUCGCGCUUGGGCCUCGAGACGCUCGAGAGUCUUCGAAACGCGUGCUUCUCGCCGGCGCUCGAGCUCCAGCUGACGCACAACCUCAUCCGCAACGCUCUGCGCGACUACGACGUCGAGGACUGGGUGCUGGACCACUCGAACGAGCUCUCGUGCUGGGACGUGAUCGAGCACUGCUUCCCACUCCACGACCGCGUCUUCAACAACACGUUCUUCGCCGAGUACCGCAAGCGCACCUUUGACGUGCGCAAGGCGGCAGGCAAUUCCUCGGAGCGCUGGGCCAUCGAAGAGCUGCGGCUGCACUUUGGCGAGCGCGUCGCGUUCCUCUUUGCCUUUAUGCGCAUCUACAGCAAGAUGCUUUUGCCGCUCACCGUGCUCUGCGUCCUCUAUUACCUCGGGUUUCGGUGGGUGCCCGGGUACGUCUGGAACAAGUACCUCCUCGGGCUCUCGGUGCUCGGGUUCGGCGUCGUCGCGGUCUGGGCGCCGGCGCUCAUGCUUGUCUGGGAGCGCGAGACGCGCGUGCUCACUGAAAAGUGGAAUUUAGCCAGCUACCGCGACACGAUCUUUGAGCGCAACGACGAGAACCCGGCCUUUGAGUACGUCUGGACCAAGAACGAGAUCACGCACGAGAUGGAGAAGACGCCCAAGGAGAGCAAGAAGCGACUCAUUCGCGCCACGAUGGUCUUCUUCGUCGCCCUGAGCUCGCUCCUCCAGUGCAUCGUGCUCAUGCCCUUUCUCCAGUGGUAUGUGUGGUCCAAGCUCGCCCCUGUCUGCGACGGCAGUGUGUGUGCCGAGCGUGGCAACUGCCGGCAGUUUAUCAACUGCUUCCAGUCGCCCACGUCGACGGUGGGCACGGACCGCUGGGCGUACAUCCUCAUCCAGGGUGUCUUGCUCGGGCUUCUCAUCGACACAGUGUUCUUCGAGCUCUUCAACUGGUUCUCGGCCAAGUUUGUCUCGUGGGAAAAUUUGGCGAAAAAAUCCGACUUUGAAAACCGGCUCGUGCACCGGCGGUUCGUCUUUGUGUGGUCCAAUUGGUUCUUCUGGUUCCUCACACUCGCCUUCUUCUAUCUCCCGUACGGCAACUACGUCAACGACCUCUUCCGGCACUUUGGCUGGGGCUGGGCCGUCAUCUACGAGUGGGACCCCGCCGCCCUCACGCUCGACACGCUCUUUGUGACGCCGCUCGUCGUGACGCAGCUCCUCAACAUGCUCCUCGAGACUGGGCUGCCCUACGUCGUGCGCAAGAUCCGCCGCAAGCCCGCGACAUGUCGGUCGGCGUGCUCGGACUCGUGGCUCGCCGGCUUUCAAUGCGUGCGCGCGAUGCAAGAGAAGAAGGUCCAGCACCGGCGCGAGGCCAACAUGACGGCGCACAAGCUCGCGGACGAGGUGUCGCGCUCCACUCGCUUCUUCGUGCCCGUCCUCGGGUACUCGGACGAUUCGAACGAGUACACAGCGUACGAGAUCCUGGCCGAGUCCCGACUGCCCGUGUUUGACACGACGUACGACUACCUCGACGCGUCGAUCCAGUUUUCGUACAUAGUCAUGUUCACGGUCGUGUGGCCGCUUCUGCCGCUCCCCGCCUUCCUCAACAACGUCCUCGAGGUCCGUGGCGACGCGUUCCGACUCCUCUUCGGCCACCGGCGACCUAUGCCCCGGCGCGACACGUCGAUCGGCGAGUGGGCCACCGUGCUGCACUACGCCAACAUCAUUGGCAUCACGGUCGUCUCGGGCCUCAUCGUCAUGUACCACUUUGGCUCGGUCGUGAGCGACUGGAACGGUGACUUUUGCGACAUGAGCUUCAGCGACGCGGCCAUGGUACCGUUUCAGACGCUCAAUCGGUCGCUCACGCGCGACCCGAUGGCCUGCGCGCUCUUCCUUGCGCCGUCCGAGGCGUGGGGCAUGCGGCAGAUCGUUGCGUUCAUCGUGCUCGAGCACUUCGGGUUCAUCUGCCGCUACUUGGUGCUCCAGCUGGAGAAGACGCCGAGCGCCAUCUCGAGCUCGGCGUACCUCCGCCUCAAGCAGAUCCGAGAGCUCACGAGCGCUCGGACGGCCGACGCCAGUGUGUUCGAGUACAUUCGCGAGCUCCGCGAGAUCUUCGACAAUUACGACGUGGAUCGCUGCGACCACUUGUACGAAGACGACCUCGUUUGCUUCCUCGCCGAGUGGGUCGGCACGGACGUGUCGGACCUUCAGAGUCGCAGCGGUCAGAUCUUUCGCUACAUGGACAAGAACCAGCUCGGGAAGGUGCCCUUCUCCACGUGCUGCCUCAUGCUCCAGCACGCGCACCACGACCGGUUCUUCUCCGUGCUCCUCGGCAUCUACGACUCGCUCGACGAUUUCCGCAACGGGCAAAUUCGGCUCCAGGACGGACCGGUGCAGUACCGCCGCGGGCGAAGAGCGGCGUCGUCGUCCAUGACCAACGGCAGCAACCAGCCACACCACGCGUCGGCUAUCGACUCGGAAUCCUCGCAGCACGAGCCCGUCUAG